AUGCAGAUUGUACUAAAUUUGUGGAAUGAAAAUAUUAAUAAUUUUGAAGGGAAAAAGAAUGAUAUUAUAGCCAUCAGUAAUGCCAAAAUUGGUGAGUAUAAAACCCAGAAAACUUUGGUUUUAACAAGUGCAUCACAAAUAAUAAUAAAUCCCAACUUUCCUGAGGCGAAUAGAUUGAAAGAAGAAUUUAGACAUAUUGAAAAAAAGGACAUUGAAAAUGUUAAGUUCACCAAAAUAAACUUAAUUCAAAAUCUAGAAGAUCAAAUAUUUAUAAAUAUAAACGCUGUUAUUGAUGCUGUGGGUGAAGUAGAUAAUGUAUUUUCUAAAAAUGGCCAAAUAUACGAUAAAAAAGAAAUAAUAACUUUAACAUUAUGGAAUGAAUUUGCGACUAAUUUCAUGGGUAAACUAAAUACCAAAAUAACCUUACGGAAUACCAAAAUUAGUGACUACAAAAAUCAAAGAUAUUUAACAUUGAAUCGACAAUCAAUAGUUUCCUAUGACGUAGACAAAACAACUAACAUAGAAUUUGAAGAAUGGUUUUAUAGAAAAUAUAAUAAAGGAUGUUUAUUUGAUGAUGUGAAUGAACAUGAUAUGCCAUAA